UUAACCCACUGAGCCACCCAGGCGCCCCAAGGGGUAAUUUUUAAAAAGACAGCUAAAGGUAAAUUAUGUCUGAGUCUGAGAGCUGUGUAUGAGCCAGCCUCCCCUCUUUGCAUCUUUAGGUAAAUGCACUAGUUAGUCUGUUGCUCCGUGGGCUUGGUAGGCCACCCUUCUGUGGCCUCCAGUGUCCCUGGGUGCUAUGAACUAGAUCUACAGUGGUGCUGUAGAUACAGACCACGUGACUGCCACAGUAUGAAAGGCUGGGCUGGGUGUGGGGCAGUUGAACUGGGUAGGAAGAGUGGAUUUCUUUCAUUUUAGGAAACACGUUACAAGAAAAAGUAGUAGGACUCGAUGAUGGGUUGCAUCUCAUCUGAGAACGGAAUGUCGGUGCCCUGUCCACGAGGCCAGUCUUGGUGUGCAGCCCAGCCAUGGUGACCAACAACCAGUAUGCUGAGGGCAAGGGUGCUUAGCCUCCAGGUGUCAGGAGAUGCAGGAACUUAUUUCAAACAAUUUGUGGAAAACAAGACAACCUAAGACUUUUAAGCCUUUAUUAACAUGCAGCUAACCAGUUCAACUGACAUUUAGCUUUAACGUUUGGCAAGCAAGUGAGUGUUUGCCCAGCUGAGAAGGUGCUGGGUUGUGAAGACAUCGGGUGGCUGCGCAGCGUUGCCAGUCCAGGACGUCCUGGCAGUCCCUGGGUUGCGUGGUGUGACUGGUGGAAAUUAUAUCCCCUGAGGGGUUUGGAGGCAGUUCCAGGUUGCUGAGCUCUUUAGUUGGAGCGAAAUGUCCUGGCAUCUGUAUGCUUUGGGGAAACUGCUUUUUGGGAAUAGGGAAGUGGGGUAGAGGGAUGACCGGAGGUAAUGGGCCUGGGGCAUGACCCCAAGAGGCAGACUCUGGCUUUCCUGCCUCUGAGUCUGGCUCGAGAGCAAACAGUAAAUGGUGUGCUGCGGGAAAAGGAAGGUGACCCAGGAGGAGAUAUUCUGCAGCCCCUGCGACCCAAAAGGAUGGCGGAGAAGAACAAAAGAUGAUACUUGGAAAGCAGAUGACCUCAGAAAGCAUCUUUUGGCUGCACAAUCAGGUAUUCCCAAGGAAGAUAAGAAACACAGAGAAAAGAAGCUGCAUAAGGAAUCAGAAAUGGACAUCCCUGAAAACAAAGAGCCCAAGCACAGGGACCCAGACCGAGACACCAAGUACAGAGAGAGGCCUGGCGAGAGAGACGGCCACCCCUCCAGGGACAACCCUCAUGGGGACAGAGACAGAGAAAAGCAAAGGGAGAGGAAAAAAGACUCCAGAGACCGGGACAAGGAAAGGCAUAAAGAGAAAUCCCGAGAACGGGACACAGAGAAGUCUCACAGUAAAGGAAGAGACAGGGGGGACAAGGACAGAGACCGCAGAGCCAGAAGGGAGGAGCCCAGGCAGACGGCGGCCCUCCAUAACCUGCUGGGCCGGCAGCCCCUGGACAGAGCAGAGCACAGGGUGGGAGCAGUGAGCAAAGUGAGGACGGAGGAGAAGGAGAGGAGAGACGAGGACGCUGAGAGAGGGGACGAAGAGAGAGAGAGGCGCUACAGAGAAAGGAAGCUGCAGUACGGCGACAGCAAAGACAACCCUCUGAAGUACUGGCUGUAUAAAGAGGAAGGUGAACGGAGACCCAGGAAGCAGAAGGAGCCAGAUCGAGAGAGGAAACAUGGAGAAAAAAGCAGCACAAGGGAAAGAAGAGAAAAGUAUCCAAAAGACAAGAUUAGUUCCUUCUCUGACAAGGAAGGGGAAGAAAGACACAAGGAAAAGCGACACAAGGAAGGCUUUCAUUUCGACGAGGGGAGGCGCCCCAGUAACCCAGAUAAGAAAGAGAGGCUGUCGAGAGAAGAUCUUAAGAAAAGGGAGUCCAAGGGCAGUGAGCACCGACGUCGGGGCGCAAGUUCACGACGAGAUCCCACCGGCAGCCGGGAAGGACCGUGCGCUCUCUGGUAUGCAGAGAAUUUAGUAAGAAAUAAUGGAAAAGAUAAAGACUCGAGAGGGAAGGAAGUGGAAAAGGAAGACUUUGAUUCAGAAAGUGCCGGAGCAGAUGAAUAUACAGCUUGUUUUGAGGAUGAUUUUGAAGACUACGAAGACGACUUUGAGGUUUGUGACGGAGAUGACAGCUCUGAGGAGCUGGAAGCAAGAGAGAAGAUCGAAGAGCUUCCUCUGGCCCGAAAAAAGGAGAUACAAGAAGUUCAGAAAGCCAUUAAUGCCGAGAACGAAAGGGUCAGCGAAUUGUCCUGCAGACUGGCUCAGAAGCAGGGUCCUCCGGAGGGUGAGAGGGACUCGAAGACAGGUGCACUCGGUUCCCCCGCCAGAACCCCAGUUUGUGGAAUUUUCGUUGAUUUUGCCACAGCCUCACGCCGUGAGAAGAGUCGGACUCAGGCCCUUAAGCAAAAGAUGCGCAGUACAAGGCUGCUUCGGCUCCUGGACUUGGAUUUUUCCUUCACUUUCUCUCUCUUGGAUCUGCCCCCAGUGAAUGAAUAUGACAUGUAUAUCAGAAACUUUGGGAAAAAAAAUACCAAGCAGGCCUACGUCCAGUACAACGAGGAUGCUGUGGACAGAGACAUCCAGACUGAGGAGACAGAGACCCGAGGGGUGUGGACGCAGCACCCUGCCGAGGGCGCCGCUGCGUCAGGCGGGAGCGGGAGCGGAGAGCUCUGUGAUGUGGCCACCGCACCGAAGGUCGACACGCCCCGGCUGUCCAGCUUCCUCCGGGCGGCCUGCCAGGUGAUUGCGGUUCUGCUUGAAGAGGACCGUUUGGGACCCGAGCCCAGCUGGAGCCCUGGGACGCAGGACGGCACCCUGCCCAUCAGUGACAGGUCCUCGCAGCUGAACACCGGCCUGCCGUUCCUUCAGAAGGGCACAGAUGGCGCCUGUUGGGAGAGAACGGAUGUCCUCAGGCUUUACCCGAAGCCAGAGAGAGCCGGCAGGGAGAGCCCGUGGUCGGGCAGUAUUGGGGUUGCACCGGGAAAGGCACAGUGCGAUGCCGGCAAGACCAGCUUCUGCAGCUGCCACGACCCCCCGGAUCGGACAGUGUUGUGCUUAUGUGCCUCUCGGGGGCAGAGACAGACGGUGGUGUCUGUGCACGGACUUCCUGGAGCCCCGUUCGCCCCUGCUCUGGACAGCAGAUACGUACUGUGCGUGUGGGAUAUCUGGCAGCCUUCGGGGCCCCAGAAGGUGCUGAUAUGCGAGUCGAAGGUCACGUGUUGCUGCUUUAGCCCUUUUAAAGCCUUUUUACUGUUUGCUGGGACAGUGCACGGCUCGGUGGUCGUGUGGGACCUACGAGAAGAUUCCGGAAUACAUCGUUAUGUGAAGCUGGGUGAUUGCUUCUGGACGUUCAGGACAGCAACGUUUUCUACUGACGGCAUCCUGACUUCCGUAAACCACUGCAGUCCCGUUCAGGCGGUGGAAGCUGUCUCCACGUCUGUCUACAGGAAACAGAGUUUUGUGCUUUCUCCCUUUUCUACUCAAGAAGAGAUGUCAGGUUUGUCAUUCCACGUCGCUUCCCUGGAUGAAAGUGGGGUUCUCAAUGUGUGGGUGGUGGUUGAAUUACCGAAGGCAGACAUUGCAGGCUCAGUAAGUGACUUAGGUCUGAUCCCCGGAGGGAGGGUAAAGCUGGUGCACGGUGCUGCGGUUCGGCUGAGCGACCGCCUUUCCCAUACGUGCUUUGAAUUCUGGGGGGCCACGCAAACCCUGAACGUGAAGUUUCUUCCUUCAGACCCUAGUCACUUCAUUGUUGGCACAGACGUGGGUCUUAUAAGUCAUGGCACCAGACAAGAUUUGAAAGUAUCUCCCAAAUUGUACAAACCCCAGCAACCUGGUAUGAGACCCGUCAAAGUGAAUGUGAUUGAUUUUUCACCAUUUGGAGAACCAGUAUUCUUGGCCGGCUGCUCAGACGGAAGCCUCCGGUUGCACCAGCUGACCUCCGAGCGCCCUCUCCUUCAGUGGGACGGCAGCACCGACGGCCACGCGGUCACAGGCCUCCACUGGUCCUUGACCAGACCUGCCGUGUUUCUGGCCCAGGAUGACACGUCCUGUAUUUAUGUCUGGGAUCUGCUGGAAAGCGAUCUGGGUCCUGUAGCCAAACAGCGCAUCUCCCCAGACAGGCUGGUGGCCAUGACAGUCGUGGGUGAAGCCGAGAAGGCCAACGGCAGCUUCCUGGCCCUGGUGCUGGCCAGAGCCUCUGGCCGCGUGGACGUCCAGUACCUGAAGAGGACGUGGGCAGCCCCCGUGGCAGACGAGCUGAGGAAGCUGCAGCUGCUCCUGCGGGAAGCCCUGUAGGGGGUCUGCAGGAGGGCGCGGUGUGGUCCUGGGGGCAGGGGCGAGGGCUGGGUGUGACCCCCAUGGGAGACACGGUGACUCCCGUGUGUAUGUACAUUGAUGUAGAGAGAGGACAUGUAUUCUGUACGUAACUUAUUUUACACGAAUGUCACCUCUGUGUUCCCAGUAAAUAAAUCACUAUUUUCUGAAUGGAAACAACAAA